UCAUGUUAAUGUUUAACCCCUUUCAGUUAUAUGAAAUUUCCACACAAGCACCAGAAUGAAGAACGCUGCCUGAAUGUUGCUGAAGGACAACGGGACUCUCUUUAUUUUUAUUAUGCUGCCUUCUCCUGGCUGACCCUGGACGAGUGCAGACCGAAGGGCACCGCUGACAGAACACAGACUCAAAAUGGAUGAAUCCUCCACCUACCACACCAACCCACUUUCCAGAAUGCUCAGUGGCAAAGAGGCAUUCUUUCAGCCUGAAAUUCAGUGCAUACUGAUAAUCUGCAUGCCUAAUUAAACUAUGAUCAGAAGACAGUAUCUGGAUAAUAGAAGAUGAACCCACUCGAUGCAACAAAAUCAGGAUUUUUACUGUGCAUUGCUGUCUGUAUGUUCAUCUACACUUUCAUCUACCCGAAGGACACACUUUCUGCAGAGCAAGAAGAGCAGAAAUUUAGCACAAAUAGAGCAGAGUGUGGAUUUUACCCAGAUGAACUUUGUUCAGCUCUUUUUGUGGGGAAAACCGCGGCCCUUAGAAUUGGAAGCAUUUGUCAGAACACCUACAGACCUGCAGCACUCAGCUGUGUUCAGACCUCAUGCAACUGUUCCACAGUUUUCAAGGCUCUGCACUUUAUAACCAGACCUCUGUCAGAUGAAGAAGGAAAUUUCUCACUGGCGUAUAUUAUUACAAUUCACAAGGAGCUGGAAAUGUUUGUAAAGCUGCUAAGAGCUAUUUACACACCUCAGAAUAUUUACUGCAUACAUGUUGAUGAGAAGUCACCAACUGAUUACAAAGCUGCUGUACAGAGCAUUGUAAAUUGCUUUGAAAAUAUUUUUAUUUCCUCAAAAAGGGAAAACGUUGUUUAUGCAGGAUUUUCAAGGCUACAAGCUGAUAUUAACUGCAUGAGAGAUCUGGUUCAUUCCAAAAUCCAGUGGAAUUAUGUUAUUAAUCUGUGUGGCCAAGAUUAUCCUAUUAGAACAAACAAAGACAUUAUAAAAUAUAUCAAAAGUAAAUGGAAUGGUAAAAAUAUGACUCCCGGGGUUGUCCAACCACUUCACAUGAAACACAGGACACAGGUUAGUUACAGAGAAUACGUGCAUUCUGGAACCUCCUAUGUGUAUCCUACAAAGAAUGCAAAAGCUAAACCUCCAUACAACUUGACCAUUUAUUUUGGUAGUGCCUAUUACAUAUUAACUAAAGAAUUUGUAGAGUUCACACUGACUGAUGCACGUGCAAAAGGCUUGCUUGAAUGGUCAAGAGACACGUACAGCCCGGAUGAACACUACUGGGUCACACUGAACCGCCUGCAGGAUGCUCCAGGUGCUACACCAAACGCAGACUGGGAAGGAAACAUACGAGCCAUUAAAUGGAAAGAUCAAGAAGGAACCGUACACAAAGGCUGCAAAGGUCAUUACAUCAGAGACAUUUGUGUCUAUGGGCUGGGGGAUUUACAGUGGAUUAUCGAAUCGCCUCACUUGUUUGCCAACAAAUUUGAGCCUGCAACGUAUCCACUCGUGAUGGACUGCCUGGAGAGACGCCACAGGCUGAAAGUGCUGCACCAGGCAGAGGUCCCAAUUGAAGAUGAUUGGCGUUUUCAGGAAGAUAACUCUUUCAACAUGAAGCUGAAUGUUUGAGAUUGGCUGAAAUGUAAACGUAUACCCAAAAUACUGAGAACCAUCAAUGUUUUCAUCCGUAGACUUCAUUCACUUGGUGUACUUACCCCUGUGCUGUAGUGCUGUGCUACUGUUUCACCAGUGAAAUAAGCAGUUAGUGUUACUCCCUACAGUAAAAGAGCGAGCAAUGGCUGCUAAAGGAUUAAUUCCUAGAGAAAAUGAUGUCUGUAACAAGGGGGAAGUUCAUAAUCUUCUAAGUGACUCAUUUAACUGGAAAAUACACAUUCCCCAU